UGUGGACGUGGCACAGCGCUGCAGCAGUUCCGCCGAAUGUCCGCUUCUGCUCACCAAGAAGGGAUUAGUGAGAAACACCCCGGGACGACAUCGGCUUCACAGUUUGUCGGCCAUCGGGUUUCACAGAUUCCCCCGAGCAGAGGAUAGCCUUACUAUUUACAACACUUUGGAGAUUUAGGGAUGAACUGAGGAUGAAUGUAAACCAGCACACUCCAAUGGCCUCUCCAUAUGGCCAGCCCCAGCCCGGCUAUGGCCAGCCCGGCUACGCACCCCUGGAUGGGGGAUACCCCUCACCUUACGCACCCUACAACGGCCCUUCUUCAGCCUAUCAGCCUGGGGCUCCACCGCAAGGUUAUUCUCCUUUCACAAACUUUCCCUCUAAGGCUGUGGUUGCCAACCCAGUCUCUGACCUCUCCUCUCCUCUUGACUUAGGUCCUGCCAGGGGUCCUCCCACAUCUGGCGCCCCUCCAGGCUCAGCGCCUCAAUCAUAUAAUCAGUAUAGUCAAGGGGACAUGCAGAAUGGACCCCCACCUAUGACACAGGCCCCACCUAGGCCUGCUGCGUCUCAGCUGUACAACCAGGGAGCUGUGAACCUGUCAGGGCCACAACCCUCCUAUCCCCAAAACUACGGCCCCCAACCCUCAGUGCAGCAGGUCACUAGCCAGAUGACUGGGAUGCAGAUCACCUCUGGAGCGCCAGCCCCUACAGGGCCAGGAUAUGCUCCACCUCGCAGCUCACAGCAUCUUGCCAGUACCGCCUACUCAGCCGCACCUCCACCAUCUUUCACCCAAGCCCCACCCCUUGCUUCCUCUGCCCUGACUCAACCACCACCUCCCAGUGGCCCUGCAGCAUCCCAACAAUACUACGGAGGCCCACCACCUCCUUCUCAACAGCCAUUUAACUCUUCUUUUCCCCCCACCUCUCAACGGCAGUUCCCCUCUCCUGGGCCACCACCUUCUUCCUCUCAGCAAACCUUUCCUCCCUCCUCCUACUCGGGCCCUGUGUCUCCACCCAGCCAGGCACCUGCUCCCUCAGUGUCCCAGUCCCAGCAGUCAUUCCCUCCCAGCCAGCCGCCCUUCUCCUCAGCACCUCCACCUGUCAGCCAGCCUGCCUUUGUCGCCGGCCCGCCUCCUCCCACCCAGGGCUCCUUCCCACCUAGAGCACCCCCUCCUUCCUCUCAGCCUGGGUCUUUUCCUCAUCCUGGUCUUCCUCCAACCUCAGUUUCCUCUGGCCAGUACCCAGGCCCCAUGCCACCCCAACAGCAGUCCCCUCCAUCACAGCCACACCCCUACCAAUCAGGCCCCCCACUUACCAGAACUCAGAUGCCUCCAACUUCCAUGGCCCAGAGCAACCACCUGCCUCCGGGACCACAGGGCCCACCAGGCCCUCCUGGGCCCAUGCAGCAGCCUCCAUCUCAGCCUGGCAUGCAGGGAGGAUACCCUCCUCAGCAGAAUGGUGCGUUUGGACAGGGUAGAGGUCCUCAGCCUGGCUAUGCAGGUCCUUAUCCCGGGCAACCAAACUACGGAGCCCCUGCACCUGCCCCUGCUCCUGGUCCCCCUGCACAGAAAAGACUUGACCCAGAUGCCAUUCCUAGCCCGAUCCAGGUAAUUGAAGAUGACAGGGCUAAGUGCACGGAGCCAUUCACCACAGGGGUCAGAGGUCAAGUCCCACCGCUGGUCACCACCAACUUCCAGGCCAAAGACCAAGGGAAUGCCAGUCCUAGGUUUGUCCGCUGUACGGCCUACAACGUGCCUUGCACAGCUGAUAUGGCCAAGCAGUCUCAGGUGCCUCUGGCCGCUGUCAUCAAGCCCCUCGCCACGCUGCCGCCAGAUGAGACCCCUCCAUACCUGGUGGACCAUGGCGAGGCUGGUCCAGUCCGCUGCAACCGUUGCAAGGCCUACAUGUGUCCAUACAUGCAGUUCAUCGAGGGAGGUCGGCGCUUCCAGUGUGGCUUUUGCAGCUGCGUCACAGAGGUGCCUCCACAUUACUUCCAGCAUCUGGACCACACUGGUAAGAGGGUGGACUGCUAUGAUAGGCCGGAGCUGUCACUGGGCAGCUACGAGUUUGUGGCCACUGUCGACUACUGUAAGAACAACAAGAUUCCACAGCCUCCAGCCUUUAUCUUCCUUAUUGAUGUGUCCUACAACGCUGUGAAGAGCGGGAUGGUCAACAUUGUCUGCCAGGAACUCAAGACCCUCCUAGACUACCUGCCCAGGGAGAACCCAGAAAUGGACUCUGUAGUGCGGGUGGGUUUUGUCACCUACAACAAGGUUUUGCACUUCUAUAACGUCAAGGCGAGCCUGGCCCAGCCCCAGAUGUUGGUGGUGUCAGAUGUAUCAGACAUGUUUGUGCCCCUGCUCGACGGCUUCCUUGUCAACGUAAACGAGAGCCGGCUUGUUAUUGAGAGUUUGCUGGACCAGAUCCCAGAGAUGUUUGCAGACACCAGGGAGACAGAGACAGUCUUUGGACCUGUUAUCCAGGCAGGACUGGAGGCACUCAAGGCUGCAGACUGCUCAGGGAAGCUGUUUGUGUUUCACACCUCUCUGCCCAUCGCAGAGGCUCCUGGAAAACUAAAGAACAGAGAAGACAAGAAGCUGGUUGGGACAGAUAAGGAGAAGUCUUUGUUUCAGCCCCAGGUGAGUUUCUACAACACCCUGGCUAAGGAGUGUGUAGCCCAAGGCUGUUGUGUGGAUCUCUUCCUCUUCCCCAACCAGUAUGUGGACGUUGCCACAUUAGGGGUGGUUCCUGUCUCCACUGGAGGUUCUAUCUACAAAUACACCUACUUCCAGGCUCAGUCUGACACGGAGCGAUUCCUGAACGACCUCAGACGAGACGUUCAGAAACUAGUAGGCUUUGAUGCCGUCAUGAGGGUGCGAACUAGCACAGGUAUCCGGGCGACGGACUUCUUCGGCUCCUUCUUCAUGAGUAACACCACAGAUGUGGAGCUGGCAGGCCUGGACUGUGACAAGGCCAUCACUGUCGAGUUCAAACACGACGACAAGCUCAGCGAGGAGACGGGGGCACUCAUGCAGUGCGCCGUGCUUUACACCAGCUGCAGCGGCCAAAGGCGUCUCCGCGUCCACAACAUGGCGGUCAACUGCUGCUCUCAGCUGGCUGACCUCUACCGCAACUGUGAGACGGACACAAUCAUCAACUUCUUCUCCAAAUAUGCUUUCCGAGGCCUCCUGACCAACCCCACUAAGGCAGUAAGAGACACUCUGAUCAACCAGUGUGCUCAGAUUCUGGCCUGCUACCGAAAGAACUGUGCAAGCCCCUCAUCAGCUGGUCAGCUGAUCCUUCCAGAGUGCAUGAAGCUGCUACCGGUCUACCUGAACUGUGUGCUGAAGAGUGACGUGCUGAUGCCGGGAGCAGACGUCUCGUUGGACGACCGGGCUUACCUGAGGCAGCUGAUCAGUGGCAUGGACGUCACAGAGAGCCACAUCUUCUUCUACCCCCGCCUGCUGCCACUGACGAAGUUGGAAAGCGGGUCGUUGCCUGUGGCGUUGAGGGACUCGGAGGAGAGGCUGUCUAAAGGCGGAGUUUACCUCUUGGAAACGGGACUGCACCUCUUCCUGUGGGUGGGAGCCAGCGUUCAGCAGGAGCUGCUGCUCAACAUCUUCGGCACGCAGAGCUUCAGCCAGAUAGACCCGAGCUUGACAAGUCUGCCAGUGCUGGACAACCCCUUCUCUCAGAGACUCCGAGACAUCAUCGAAUCCUUCAGAGCACAGCGAUCACGAUACAUGAAGCUGAUGGUGGUGGAACAGGAAGACAAAGCUGAGCUGAUAUUUAGGCACUUCUUGGUCGAGGACAAAAGCGCCAGCGGAGGAGCGUCAUACGUGGACUUCUUGUGUCACAUGCAUAAGGAGAUCCGCCAGCUCUCAGUAGGCCAAAAGCCACCAAGCUUCACCAGUAUGACCCAAACACUGACGCACCCCCCCCCCCCCCCCCCCCCGGUUCACCCUUCCUUGUGAAAGAAAGCAUUUUAUCUUUUCUUUUUUAAACCCCAAUAAACUAAAGCUCCCCAUGCUGUCAGUUGAGACGAGCGGACAGAUCGUGUGUGUGCGUGUGUUAGUGUGUGCGUGUGCGCGUGUGUGUGUUAGUGCGUGCGUGUGUGUUAGUGCGUGCGUGUGUAAGAGGGAGCUUUACUCUGCCUCAAAUCUACAAAUCCUACACAGCAGGAGCAAAAUAACUAACGAGGGAGGGUAAUGUAUAUACACAAUUAAACAAUUAUGUAUGCAACUGAGUGAGAGACAGAGACAGCUGGCUGAUGUUGACUGUAGUCGGUGUACUGUCUAUUACUAGCACUGAAAGGCUGUUUUGGGUGCAUUAAUGACCCUCAGAUAGCGAACGCUUUUUAUAUGAUUAAAUCCCAAUAGAGUGAAGGACAUCUACAUAAAAUACAAACGUGGAAUUAAAUAAAUGCUGUCUCUUCCCCCCUUUAAUCAUGGCCUUAGUACCCCCCUCCCCAUGCUGCUCCAAUCAUCCAUAAUGUGUUUGUGUUUUUCCAUAUGUGAGAGGAUAAGCCCUGAACAAAUUUGUUUGUUUUUUGUUUUUUUUCCUAGGUGUGAGCAUCCAAAUUUAAGCCUACAUUAACAGCUCAAACUGAGUCUCAUGAACUUUUACCUACAGAAGUAUCCUUAAAUGUAUAAUCUGGUUUUAGUUUCCACAAGUGAACUGAAAAUAAAGGUGCACAUGGCUGCUCUGUUAUUCCAAUAAUUGGUAUAAUCCAAAUUUGUUGCGUUAUUGAUUUGGCUCAGAUGUUUGGUCACUGAUGAGUCAGAUGUGCAUUUCAAGUUGUUAUGAUUCUGUUAUGAGAGGAAGCUUUCAUUAGUUCAAAGUCUAUGCAGCAAAGAGGCCAGACACAAAAUAAAAUAAAAUCAAGAAUAAAAAGAAAUGGACGGGUGUCAACUUUUGAUCUCGGCAUCAAAGCAACAAGAAAAUCCUCCUCAUGGUUAGUUUCUGUGGAUGAUUUUGUCUGUUGUGGAUGUGUAGUGCUGCAGACUUUAUAUUAACCUGACAUCUGUUCCGAUGUCAAAAACCAAUUUCCAGCACGACAUGACAGCGGUCAUCAGUUAAUGUUUGCAAAUUUUGAGUUGUCUCCACACUGAUGAUGUUCAGUGUGUAAAUAAAAUAUAUAAUCUGUACAGAAUUAAUAGAAAAUAACAAUUUUAAAGAUCUGCCUGAACAGCUGUGGUUUGUUGAUGGUUGGUUUCUCUGUCACAAAUAGCGAAAUAUAAAAAUCAUGGCUUUUACUGAAGAGAGGAAGACGCCUUUGAGCGUGUGUGUGUGCGCGUGUGUGUGAGAGAGACUGUGCGUGUGAAUGUGAGGUCGGUCCUGGUGAAUUUCUGCUGAGGAACAGAGGGAUCAACCAACUCGCACGCUACCCCUGAGAUUCAAUUCAGUCUUCUUCAUUUAUCACUUUCUCUUCCUUUUUUAACUGUGACUUUUGUUUGUCUGGCGUAGCCCUCUGUUCCGUCUUUACAUUCACUGACCUUGAUUGGCCCACCGUCUUGACUGUAAUCUUAUUUUCUGUUCCUUUUUUUUUCUUUGAUUUUUUUUUUCCAUUGCCUCUUGGGACUGCUAAUAAAAUGAUUGUUAAAAGUGAAACUCCA